AGUUGGCCCGACUGAAGUGGGUGUAUCUCAAGUUGUUUGUUAAUCCCAAUAAUUUUUUUUAUUUUCUUAGCUCUUCCCCCCUUUUUUGUUUGAUUUUCUGUCUCGAAUCCGGAAAAAUCCUGGAAAAAGUCUGGAUCGGACAUUGCUUGUCCAGGGGAAAGGAAGACGAUUGAUUCCGAGAAGAAUCUCAUCACAUUUCGACCGGAAUCCAGGACUGACCGCCUGGCCUCCGACAGGGAAACGGUUAUGUGACCAAAAAAGCGGAUUCCGAAGAUAACCGGCGUCUGAAUAUUAGAAAGUGGACGGGCGAUGCCGCCGGCCGGCCGGUGAAAAUGCAGUUGAUACGCCCCGGCUCGUCGAGGCUGGAUUGACGGCUCUCGGCCCCGAGGAUCAACGGACAAAGCGGACCCAGAGUGAUUCUCGAUGCCGCUCCAUUUCCAAAUCAAUGAGGGCGAAAACAUACCUUAUCGGAUUCAUUUGCACCGUGGCAACGACUAUCGUUCUCCUAGCGUUCGGUGAUCAACGCCCAAAAAUCCAGAACCUCGUCUCUGAAACGCACCGACAGCUGAAAGACAACUUCAAAACUAUCAAGGAUAAGCUAGAGGGAGGUGCUGAAAAUAACAGAGGUGGACUUUAUGUCGAUGAGAAGUACCUUGUCCUGCUUGGACUGGCAGGGGAUAAGCAGCGGACAUACCCAGAUGACGUCUGGAGCAACACAACGCUCCCGGUCAUCGUGUCGUACGUCUCGCCAGCUGCCAUUAGCCAGGCGGUUGGGCUCGUCCGCAACAUUGGGCACUUCCUACCAAACCACACUCUACUUUUGUACAACAUCGGCCUCUCAGAAGACCAGCUCCAAACGAUGGCAUUGUACUGUAACAGUUCAAGAUGUGUGAUCGUGAAAUUCGAUUUAUCCGUAUUUCCACCUCAUGUGUCUGAUGAACAUCUACAUGCUUUCCGUCCUCUUAUCAUACAGGAUGCAGUAAGUAGAAGCGGUGCUAUUUUCUAUUUAGAAAAUGACCAACGAUUGACAACAAGUGACAUAUCACCACUUGUGCAAAGAGCUUCAUCUCAAGGUGUGCUCACCUGGAGGGCAGCUCACCCUGUAACUGCACUCACUCACCCUAGAAUGCUUAGAUAUUUCACUGUGCCGAGUGAGUCGUUUUUCUUCACGCACAUGGUAGAAGCGACAAAGCUUCUGUUGUACAACACUGCUCCCUUGCGUCAAGGGGUUAUGCUUCCUUGGGUUAAAUGUGCUCUUAAUCAUGACUGUAUAUUUCCACUAGGAGCACAAUCUGUUGGAUGUAGAUUCGACAAAAAGCCAAAUUAUAGGUAUUCAGGUUGCCAUGGGAAUGAUGCUUCGGCCCUCUCGGUCCUGCUCGGCCUGCUCUUCAACUCGGACACUGAUGAAUACUCAAUCCAAGCCGAGGCAACGACACAGUCCAAUGGCUACUUCAGACGAGUCGAUUCAACAGAAGCAGCCUUAGAGCUGUCUUCGAUGCAGGACAACUCGACUGACUCUACCGGACUUUAGACCAUUGCUUGUAACGUUUUAAAAGAUAGUUGUAAAACAACGCUCUUUUUUCUUUUCUUUUUUCUUCAUUGUAAAGUAGUUAUAAAUUUGUGAUUAUUGUUGGCGCUGAUUAAAGUGAUCUCAUAAGUUUUUUUGAUUUAAUUUCUUAAAUGUCUAACUCAUCAAGGAAUUAAGUCUUCCAACAUAUUUUUCUUUAGUUAAAUUUAAAUAUAUAUAUAUAUAUAAAAAAUAUUAAAAAAAAAAA